AUGGCACCGAGAAAUAACAAUGCACUUGAAAAUAAUCAAACGUUUGCCGAUAACGACACACCUGCCAAUGGUCACACGCCUGCAAAUAAUGAGCGGGUUCAACUAGAGGAUUAUCUUCCGGCAGCUCACCAGCUCCAUAUAUCAGAGCACGCGGCUGCAACUUCUGCCCCUACCCAAGCACGGAUGGUCAACGGGGAAGUGAAACGGGAGUCACCAGCUCCGGCGAUCUGGGGCAACAACGUAGCCCCUGGAUCUGCUUCCCUGGAACACCCUCUCUACAUAGGGCCUUAUGAAAAGGAGAACAAUGAAAAAAAGAUGACGCUUCUCUCUGAAAGCGGGUACGAACCCGAGGAAGCAACAGACGCAGUCCCUCCUCAACAUCGGACAAGCAUCCAACCCGAUGCGCCGUGGCCAUUCAUCCAAUCUACAACUGUGCGUCGAAUAGCUACUCCGCCAAUUCCGCCAGCUCUUGAAUUUGGAAGCUACCGAGGAAGAAGAUGGGCUGAGUGCGUACACUAUAUUAAUACCAUGGAAGCCCACUUCGCCCGUUACCCCAACUACUACACCGAGGCUCGCAAAGUGGAGCUAGGUGCAAAAUACAUCUCGCCCGUACUGAUGGAUAAGUGGCACAAUCACAUAAUAGCGUCUGGAAACACAUCAUGGAUGUUAUACUGUACAUUCCUAGCUCAGCAGCUCUCACGAUACGCAAACCACAGGCAAGCCCUUGAGGGAAUUGCAAGCGCCUCCCAGAAAAUUGCCCAGCCUGUCACUCAUUUUGCUCUCUGGCUAAUCCAAUGGGCGCCCGUCACUCCGGACAUCAGCAGCAAUGAAUUUAUGGCAUAUUUGCUGAGAGGAGUUCUCCCCGAUAUUCGUGCUCGUGCGCAAAAGUCAUACGUGCAGUUUUCGGAUUACAAUUCCUUUGCUAUGUAUCUGCAGGAAGUCGAAAACUCCACUCCGUCCCGAGCGAAAUUUCUCGCAAAACGAAAUAAUAGUACCGCCUCGACUGACGAGCUUUUGGUCUCACUGAAUAUGAAUGAAACUGAACGGAAACCCAAAGGAAUCUUGUCAUCAGAACCGCUUACACAGCUGCGUAGUCAAUUCGAAUGCCGACUAUCAUCAGAAAUGCCGGCUCCUGGGGACCUGCGGCUCUACUCGGCACGCAGCUGGCGGGAAUGCAAAAAUUUCAUGUCUAAAUUGCAGGAUUACUUCGACCAGUACGGAAGCCACUUCAACGAAGCUCGCAAAAUCGAGAUUGGCAGGGACAACCUCUCGCGUGUAUUGCUUGGAAAAUGGGACGAGCAUGCCGCCCAUCUUAGAACAGCAACCUGGUUCGCAUUCUGCGUUUUCCUCGUUGACCAAAUUCCUUCCGAAGGCGCAGGAAACUUCAAGUACACUAAUACCUACCAAAGGGUCAACCAAUCUGUGUGCACCUUCGCGCUCGAGCUACUCCGUUGGGCUCCACCCAACUUCGGCGCGACGCAUAACCGUCUGCGGCAUCUGUGGGACCGGGUGCUCCCGGAAAUCCGUUCAAAGGCCAAUACAAACUGGGAGGACUUUGACGAUUUUCUUGCCUUUGUUGCUUAUCUGCAACAGGUCCAAGACUCCCUUUCAAUCCGAAAACAGACAGCAAAUCCGUGCAGGCCCCCCCCACGAAAGCGUUUUCGCGUCGAUGGGAGCUCUUGA